UUUAAAUGACAAUCAUGUUUACUUCCGAAAAAUUUCCGAACGAAUUUCAAAGUAAAACGAAGUUCGAAGAACAUACAGCGAAAAAAUUAAAAACAUCAUCCAUAUUUGCUGAUUUCUCGCUUGUUCCUUGCGUUAGUGUUUAAAAGUGUGCUGAUAUUCUUACAUAGUGGCCAAAGUGACGCCAUACCCCAGUAUGAGUUAUUCCACUCGGAAUAAAUUCGAGUUCGCGCGGUUUUCGGGAGAAGAUGAGAACCAUAUAAAUAAAAAAUUACCAAAAGAAUUGCUCCUCCGAAUAUUGUCUUACUUAGACGUGGUCUCGCUAUGUCGCUGUGCACAGGUGUCUAAAUUAUGGAAUAUUCUCGCUCUGGAUGGCUCCAAUUGGCAGAGGAUCGAUCUUUUUGACUUCCAGAGGGAUGUUGAGGGUUCCGUUAUUGAGAAUAUAUCACACAGAUGCGGGGGCUUCCUUCGGCAAUUGUCGUUACGUGGAUGUGAGAGUAUUGCAGAUGGGUCUAUGAAGACUCUUGCACAGUCUUGCCCCAAUAUCGAAGAUCUGAAUCUGAAUAAGUGUAAGAAGGUCACAGACCACACGUGUCAAGCCCUUGGAAGGAGGUGUAGCAAGCUGCAGAGAAUAAACCUAGACUCGUGUCCAAGUGUAACAGACAUAUCCUUGAAAGCGCUAUCAGAUGGAUGUCCACUUUUGACACAUGUAAAUGUGUCUUGGUGUCAGUCGAUAUCGGAAAAUGGGGUCGAGGCUUUGGCGAGGAGUUGUCCGAAAUUGAAGAGUUUCAUUUGCAGAGGUUGUAAAAAUGUUAACGAUCGCGCCGUGUCCUGUCUGGCGACAUUUUGUGUAGAUCUGGAAGUGCUCAAUGUUCAGGGCUGCGAUAAUCUGACAGACGAUUCGAUAUCGAAACUGGGUGGUGCCAUGCGUCGUCUAUGCUUGUCGGGUUGUACCCGUCUGACAGACACGUCUCUCUGCGCUUUGGCUGCAAAGUGUCCUGAUUUGGUCACGUUGGAGUUGGCUCAAUGCGCCCAGCUGACGGAUGCGGGGUUCCAGGCUCUUGCAAGGAGCUGUCGAAUGCUUGAACGAAUGGACUUAGAGGAAUGUGUUCUCAUUACUGACACCACCUUGGUGCAUUUGGCCAUGGGCUGUCCGCGACUAGAGAAACUUACAUUAUCACAUUGCGAAUUAAUAACGGAUUAUGGAAUCAAACAACUGUCAAUGUCGCCAUGCGCAGCGGAACACCUCACUGUGUUAGGAUUAGAUAACUGCCCGUUGGUGACGGAUGGCGCGUUGGAGCAUUUGAUCUCGUGUCACAAUCUUCAGCUCAUUGAGUUGUACGACUGUCAGAUGGUGACGAGGAAUGCGAUACGAAAAUUGAGGAAUCACCUACCGAAUAUCAAGGUGCACGCUUAUUUCGCGCCCGUGACUCCGCCGGUGGCAGGUGGCGGCGCGAGGCCACGCUACUGCCGCUGUUGUAACAUCAUAUGAAACACACUUUGUAUGUUUAGGUAACGGAAUUUUUGACAUGUGUCAGUAGUCACUUUGGUAUUUGACAUGUGUCAGUAGUCACUUUUGUAUUUGACAUAUGUCUGUAGUCAUUUUCGUAUUUGAAAUGUUUUUUCGGUCACUUUGGUAUUUGACAUGUGUAAGUUCACUUUGGUAUUUGAUAUGGUUCAUUAGUCACUAUGAUAUUUGUCAGGCACUGACCAUUUAUUGUUACGUCGACAUGUAUUGCCAUAUGGGGGCCGUUCAAGUAUUCUGUAACCAGAUUUACUGCAAUUUUUCUCCGCGCCCUCCCUCUUCUUCUAUUGUCAGCAAAAAUAAGCAUAAAUGAUAGUACAUAAACGUAUUCAUUUUUUGUAGGAAUCCUCGAAAAUGUAUUUUCAAGCAUUGACAAUGUGUGAUGAUGUACUUCAACGGCCUCGUGUCGGUAGUCCUAUGGACGGUAUUGACACAUGUCGAUUGUAGCUUGGAGCUUAAUCUGUCAUCCAUAGCUAAGAUAAUAUGACAUAAAUGAAACUUCCAUGUUUUUCAGUUUUUACAUACCACUUUUAAUUAACUUCUAUAGUUAAAUCAAUGACAAGUUUAAAAAGCUUUUAAUAAUUAUUACAUUUAUAAAACUGUUUUAACCCUCAUUUAAUUGGUUACGAUUUUAUUGUUUUUUAGCUGUGGUUGCAAUAUUUAAUAGAUUUUCUGUUUAAAUUUUUUCAUUGACAUUCAGUUUGUCAAAGAGCUGGCAAGACAUUGCCAGCCUUUAACGUUUUAGUUUGUAAGACUAUUAUUAUAUUUAUAUAUCAUUAAAUAAUUGUUUAACACAGUUACUUCGAAAUGUAAAUAAUAAUAAAACGCGUUCUUGUACAAUAGACGAGUUGUAUAAAUGUUGUAAACAAAUGUAAAAUAAAUGUUUGUAUAACUGUCAGAAGUUAUAUUGAAUUGACAUUGCCGAUGAAAUGUAAUGUCUAGUGUUGUUAAUGUCAAACUUGGACGACUGUCAUAAGUAAUAUCAAAAAGUGACAUUAACGAUGACAUUUGACAACUUAACUCUGCGGAUUGAGAAGUGUAUAGAAGUUGUAAUUGCUAAAAUAUCUUGACGAUACUGUUACGUCAUUAUAGUUCGAUAUCUUGAUACUCAGUAAAAUACUUUUUUGUGAUUAAAUGAAAUUGCUACAUCUUUAUUUUCGGUCAUCUUUCCGCACAGACUAUAAAUCUUUAAAAUUACGUAAUCGUUUUGUAAAUACAAAACUUGGCAUGUCAUAAUUGAGUUUUCCAUGUCCGAUUUUGACAUAUGUCAUAAUAGACUUGUCAAUGUCAGAUCGUAAAUAAGUUUAACGUAAAAUAAGGCGACCAUAUGCUUAUGUAUAUAUAAUAUAGCUUUUCGUGUAUACUGUAGUUCUAUGUGUAAUUAGUGGCCGGUUUUCCCGGUGAAAAUGGUUAAGAGGUAACGUUUAAGCAGAUGCGGUCUGCCCCAUAACCUACUGGUGGGGCAUGGGACAUAUUUUUCUAUUUAUAAUUAUUUUUGUAUAAUAGUCAAAUAAAUGAUGCAUUUUUUUAUUGU